AUGCGCCCAGGAAUCCAGCUACUCCGCUCUGGCCGGUCAAUUGAUGUGCGGCCCAAGGUCCUAGAGUUCUCCGCCCACCGAAUACCCUUGUGUCUUCGACUACAGCAAAGAAGAAACAUCACCUCAGACGAGAAACCUCUGCCUGAAUCAGAACAACCGAAAGGACCCAAUCAAGAUCAACUCCCGCACGUAAGCGAGGAGGCAGCAGCUACUGGUGAUAUUACUGGCGAAGGGGGACCAGAUGUGGAACAGGGUUCACCAGUACAAGAGAUCCUGAAACGCGAUCAAAAAAGCCAAGAGAAGGCACCCAAAGUGUUGCAGGAAGAACUCAAAGCGUCGUCACCUAAGGGAAGCAGAUCGUAUUCGACCUCAACUCCGCGGCGAGCUCAAGCCAUGAUCGACCCCGAGUCUGCAGAGGUCCAAAACCAGGGUCACAUUUUCGGCCUACCAGAGCUGCCUUUGCCGAGCACUUCCCAUCUCAAGCAUCGCUAUGACCCGGUUAUCCAUCAGGUUACAAAUCUCCUUAUGCAAGACGGCAAGCUGAGUAAAGCUCAGAGGAACAUGGCUAUGAUACUCGAACGUCUACGAACGGCUCCCCCACCUACUCCAGACCCUCGACAUCCUCUAAUACUUGGCGCUCCUCCCACCAACCACCUUCCUCUCAACCCCAUACUCUACCUCACACUUGCUAUCGAUUCUGUGGCGCCUCUUCUCCGGAUAAGAUCACAAAAAGGCGCGGCAGGUGGUGGUGUAGCGUUGCAGAUACCGAUACCUCUAGGCUUACGGCAGCGGCGACGGACAGCUGUGAUGUGGAUUCUAGAUGCUGCAAUCAAGAAACGUACAAAAGGCAGCGGCAGAGCAAUGUUUGCUCACAAAAUUGCGGACGAAUUGAUUGCUAUAGUUGAAGGGAAGAGUACUGUCUGGGAUAGAAGGGGUGGGGUUCACAAACUGGGUACUGCAGCUCGAGCCAAUCUGUCGUUUGGUAACAGGAGAAGAUAA